UCCACUCUUGUCUCCAAUUACAUGAGAGAGAGGUUAUGUAACCAGAAAAACGGGAAAUGCUUUGCAAUCCAGGGAGAAAGAACAGUUGGAAAGAGAUGAAAUAGAAGAAAGUCUGCAGAGGACUGAUUAGUAGUUUGGCUUGUGCAAAGAUGGAAAGUUUGGAAGUUGUUCGACCAGAGCUGGUUGACUUUAAGGGAGUAUGGAUGACUCAUUAUUUCACAGACAACUGGGAAAAUGUUCAAAAUUUUCAAGCGAGACCGGAUGACAUACUUAUUGCAACAUACCCCAAAGCAGGAACCACAUGGGUCUCCUACAUCCUUGACUUGCUAUAUUUUGGUCAAACAUCUCCAGAGCGUCAGACGUCAAUGCCAAUCUAUUUAAGAGUGCCUUUCUUGGAGAUCGCCAUCCCGACAAUACCUACAGGAAAAGAAGUCGCAGAUGAGCUUUCUACUUCUCCUCGACUCAUUAAGACUCAUUUUCCCGUACAGUUUGUGCCAAAAUCCUUUUGGGAGCAGAAUUGCAGGAUGAUCUAUGUGGCCCGUAACGCCAAGGACAACAUGGUGUCUUACUUCCACUUUGAUCGCAUGAAUAGUGUUCAGCCCGUGCCAGGAGACUGGAAUAACUACUUCCAGAGGUUUUUGGAAGGAAAGAAUUUGUAUGGAUCCUGGUAUGACCAUGUCGGUGGUUGGUGGGAGAAGACAAAGACCUGCUCCAAAAUUCACUACAUGUUCUAUGAGGACAUGGUUGAGGAUACCGGGCGGGAAAUUGACAAACUCUGCCAGUUUCUCGGUCUGUCUGCCGAAGCUGAGGAGAAGAAAAGAGUCGCUCAUCAAGCUCAGUUUGAUAGUAUGAAAAAGAACUCCAUGGCCAAUUAUUCCACGCUUCCAGUCCUGGAUUUCAAAAUCUCUCCCUUCAUGAGAAAAGGGAAAGUUGGAGACUGGAAGAACCAUUUCACCGUGGCUCAGAAUGAAGAGUUUGAUGAAGACUACAAGAAGAAGAUGAAGGACCCCACACUGCAGUUCCGCACUGAAAUCUGAGAAAUGUGAACAGCCAUGUCAACCCAAGAAAAAUUAAGUAAUGAUGUGAAUAACUAAAUAAUUGAGAAAUAGAUCAUGCAAUUUAUUAAGAAAACAGUCUCUUACCUUAUCCUACAUGUCCAAUGGAAAAGCCACUACUGUAGUAUGAUAACAAAUGGUUGGUUAUGUAAAUGUAUGGUUUUCUCCACUUGUCUUAAACUUCAGCGAGAGGUCCUUCCUUAAGUUUUUUUUUUGUUUGUUUUUUUUGUUUUUUUUUAUAGGAACCAUCCAAUGGAGACAGUUUUGAAAAACUCUUAACCCAUAAAGACCCAAACAGCCACUGGCAACCAAAACCAUCUACUAAUGCAAAAUGUUUAAUAAGUAAUGAUCUACCAAUUCAAUCAAUACAUGUAAAUAACUGGUGUAAAAUGCAGUC